GAGCUACUCUUUGUUCCUGUACAGGGAUGAUAAGUCCCGUACAUUUUAUAUUAUUCAGCAAUUCAUAUAUCCUCUGCAACUUUCAUGCAUGAAGCGAAUUUUCGACAUUAUUUCUAACAGGAAUAUUACUAACCCAUUUAAGUAAACAUACCACCAUAAGGAUGGAAGAAACGCAGUGUUCAUCUCUAACGGGCCCUGUGGAUUACUCUCAACAUGGUUUUCAGUACAUGCAGCAGAGCCAUGCUCUCCCGGCAGUACAGCACAACCAGAUGGCUAACGGCAUUGACCACAUGGAGGGUCGGUACGAGGGCCGACCGGGGACCGAGAUGAUGGUCCCCCAAGACCCCAACGCCCCCCAGGAGCCCCCUGCCCCAGUGCAAGCUCCCGCGAAGGGGAAGAGAGGGAGGCCUGCGGGCAAGGAGCCCAAGGCGACGGCCGGCCCAAAGCCCAAGAAGGCGAAAGAGGCGACGGAGCCCCGGGCCAAGCCUGCCCCGAAGCCCAAGAAGGCCGCGGAGCCCAAGGAGCCGAAGGGGAAGCCGGGCCCGAAGCCCAAGAAGGCAGUGGAGGGCAAGCAGGAGAAGAUCGAUGAAGCCUUCAAGAAGGUCAAGAGGAAAGUGGACCGCUUCAAAGGCAUGACUGAGGCUGAGGUCAUGACCAAAACCCUGCCUGACAUCCUCAUCCCUAACCUGGACUUUGUGAUUAUUGGAAUCAACCCGGGUCUGAUGGCAGCCUACAUUGGACGGUGGUUUCCUGGCCCAGGAAACCAUUUCUGGAAGUGCCUCUUCAUGUCUGGGAUGACCGAAGUGCAGCUCAAUCACAUGCAUGAUCAGACCCUGCCCGAGAAGUACGGCAUCGGAUUCACCAAUAUGGUGGAGAGGACCACGCCAGGAAGCAAAGACCUCACAAGCAAAGAGUUGCGAGAGGGGGGCAAAAUUCUGCUGGAGAAGCUGCAGAAGUACAAGCCUCUCAUCGCAGUCUUCAAUGGGAAGUGCAUUUUCGAAAUGUUCUGCAGAGAGAUCUUUGGGGCGAAGCCGAAGAACCUCGCGUUUGGCGUGCAGCCGCAGAAGGUUCCGGAAACAGACACGGUGUUGUACCUCAUGCCCUCGUCGAGCGCACGCUGUGCCCAGUUCCCUCGCGCCCAGGACAAAGUGCACUUCUACAUCAAGCUGAUGGAGCUGCGCGACCAGCUCAAGGGCGUGGUCUGCAGCAAGGAGGUGGAGGAGAUAAAGUACACCUUCGACCUGGGCAUGGCCAAAGAGGAUGCCAAGAGGAUCGCCAUCAAAGAGGAGCAGUACGACCCCGGGUACGAGGCGGCCUACGGCGGGGCGUACUGCGAAGGUGGGCCGGAGGGCGAGCAGCUCAACGGCCACUGCAGUUUCUCCGCUGGAGACGCUGGAGACACUGAGGGGACCGGUAAGGAGGCUGCGCACCCCACUGCGGUGGGCGGGGUCAUGGAUGGCGAGUGGAUGACGCAGUCAUUCACUGACCAGAUCCCAGACAUCGGCGGAGCACGACCCCAGCUGGGGGCGGAGAGUGUGUGAAGUGGGUGGCGUGGCUUUUUCGGACUCCACACAGGAAGAGGAUGAGGGCUGCAGUUUUAAUGCAGUUUCCUGCCCAAUACUUCACACCUCAGUUGCUUAUCAGAAGAGUUACCAACGACGGGUUUGCCUCUCUCAAGACCCAACGGCUACAUACGAAACAGGAAGAAGGAAGCCGUAGCCGUUAAACGUUCCCACUAUGAGUUAUAAAUAGAGUAGUUAAUCAUAAUGGACACUACGUUUUAAACAUGGUAGGUUUUUUAAACGUAACUAAUGUAAUUCCUACAUUAUUUGUUUUUAAAAUGCAAUGUUUAGUGAGCAAGGAGAUUUUACAGAGAGAUUUGCUCCUUAGUCUUGUGUGUGUAAGUGAUAGUCCCCCUUGGUUUCAUUUUGGUUUUCUUUCCACUGUCGUGUGAAAUCAGGGAUUUACAAUGAUACUUGAUUGAUGGGUCUUCAAAAGAAGGACAUUCCACAGGGGAAAGUCCUGAAUUUGAGUUGACUUUUUUCUCUUUUUGUAUAUCAGUUGACUCUGGGCUGGUGCUGCUGUUGCGCCAUAACCCUGAGCUCUGUCAGCGUUAACUGUUGGCAUCGUCGAUUGUGGGUGCAACACUUCAGACUCCACACUUAGGCCAAAAGUGACCUCUGACAACCUGGAACGUAUGUUACACAGAGCAAAACCUGACAAUAAGUUGAUGUUUUAACGUUUAUAUUUUGGACAAUUGUGGAAGCUUGGAAGAAAGGAUAAGUGAAAAUGUAGAGGCGUUUUUAUAUUAAAAUCAUGUCACUCAGCAUUUCUCGGAGGAACAUGUCCUCGUACCACAAAAACACAGUGUAUCCAGAAACGCAGAAUACCAAAAUCUCAGCUUUUGAGAGAACGCCAGCAAGAUCUAGAAAUGCAAAAACUGUUGCUAGCACAAGGGUCAAGCCCCUGUCUGUCCUGGUUCAUCUGCUGCCAAAUCAACUUGGGUCAGUUAGGGAUAGUUAGCUUAGGGCCGGAGACACUUGGUGCCUCUUCCCUGUCAAACCACUGAAGAGCGACAUCUUAAAGGAGUAAAGCAUGUGGCGAACGCUCGGUCAGACCACGUUCGGCUAGAUGUAGUGAGAUCAAGCAGGCGAUUUCAUGGAGAAGAUGCGCCAAAUCUCUGCUCAGGCCUUUACUGUGUGUUCACAAUGUUUACAUCUCUUGGUGCUGCUCCUUGGUUUUAAUUUUGUAACAUCUCUGGACCUUUUAAAAGAACUGUGCUGUCACUACCACUUUUCUAUUUAAGGCUCUAUGAGGGAUUUUUUUACAGACUUAUCUGUAGGUGUAUUCAUUCAUUUCAGUAGUUACAGGUGUCUCUCUCAGAUUUCUUUGUACCAAAUAUAGCUGAAUUAUACAUUGGAAGGGCUGGGUAAAUGUCAAUGUGGAAAAGGAUGUAGGUUCAUGAAUUAACCCACUGAAUGAAGCAUCAUUCGUAAAUCAAAGGAGAAGAACAGUUUAGGUCUGCUAACAAUGGUUGUUUCACGUUUCCGAAAUAAAAUGCCAUCCCAUACGGGCCUUUUUAGUGCUGCGGUGAUCUCCCAGGCAACUGCACAAUGCGGAUGAGUAAGAGUGAUGAUGUCACCUUCGGGGUAUCUUGAAUGUGGGCGCAGCACUAGAGUCUACAGAGCGGAGUUUUUGGACACGUGACCAAUCAGGUUCUCCUCAAGAUCGUCAAGAUCUCCCGUGUUCCCCUUCCUCCAGUGGUCUUGAGUUAUCACCACAGUUCUCACACUGGUACUGGUGCUCUCUAGAUGCAUUCACUAAACGGUCUUGCACUCGACUUUGCAGUGGUUAAAAUUCAUUCAAUGUUGUGCUUUUGUAAGGACACUCAGAUCCAGUUCGUAAUGGUGCUCUGAACCACAGUGGCAGCUACUCCACCCUUUUGA